CCCACUUCCUUCUCCUCCUCGGCUCGGCGGCCGCCUCCGCCCCACUCCCCCACUUCUCCCCCAAGAAAAAGCCGAAUCAUGGACACCACCGGCGCCGCCGCCGCCGCCGCCGGCGGAGGCAGCGAGGAGGAGGACCAGGCCCGCCUGGCCGCCAUCACCGACAACCUCAAGGCCCGUGACUCGAUCCGGCUGUACGCCUGGCUCUCGCACCGGUGCUUCUCCGACUGCGUCACCACCUUCUACCGCAAGACGCUGGGCAAGCGCGAGGGGGACUGCGUCCGCGCCUGCGUCCGCAAGUACCAGCUCGCCACCGCCGCGUCCGCCGCCCGCUUCAACAAGCUCGCCGACCCCUCCGCCGCGGCCGACGACGACGACGAGGACGACUGAUUCGUGCGGCCCUGCGCUCCACUCCACCCUCGGCUGGGGGAACUUUUUUGCCUGCUCUGGUUAGUCUUCUGCAGUUUGAGUUCUGAUGUAGCGCUUGUGAUGCCUGAGAGAGACACCAGUAGUGACAGAGUAGAACGAACCACGGAUUCUGAAUUUCUGAUGCGAUAUUGAUUGCGGCUGUAUCGAACCACACCACGGAUUCGGAACAUGGGUGGAUGCAAACAUGAAUGGUUUCCAUGCUUUACAAACUUGGUAUCGGUGAAUGUUUCACUGAAUGUCAUGCAUUUCCUUGUCUGAUUGAAAGCUGUUGGUUCCAUGUGUCAAUUCGGAAUUCAGGAUGUGUAUUGAUGCAAACCUGAAUUCUUGGUGCCAUUCAUGCUUCAUUCUCUGUAUACAAGUUCAGGAUUUCCCCCUUUUUUUGUCUCAUAGCCUGGUAUAAUGUCAAAUCAACAAUGAUACAUGAUGUUGAUUUGAAGCUUGUCUAGAUUCAGCUUCCACUUCCAAAGUUGACUGCAUCUUUUGCCUGUCAUAUGCCAAACUUGAAUUUCCUUGCCAUAUGAUAAAUAGAUCGUUUACAACAAUGGGUCAACAACUCAACAUCACUACAAUCAAGUGCAUGUCCUUUUGUUUCCAUAGCCUGUUACAACCAGUACUCAACUCUGAAUUUAUUAUAUAUCUCUGCCUCAAAUGAUAGGAUCUGAACUUCUCCUCAGAAUAAAAGUUUAGAGAAACUUCAGAUGAUGGGAUAACAAAAAAUGAUUUGUUCAAGAAAUAUGGUUCAUCAGAGUAAUGUAGCAAAGGACAAAUGGAUCUGAUGUAAAUACAACCAAGAUUUCAGACAAAAAAGUGUAGGAGAACCUUAUGUAUUCAGUGAUUGCACAUCUGCACUCUGUAUAAUUUGUAUACGAAACAGAAAAUGUUGUCCUAGAAGAUUUAUUCACUCUAAACAGUAAACACACUGAUUGUUCUGUUUAAAGAUUUUUUUGGGUGCCAGUCUCAUUCAUAAACGGAAUGAUUGAAGGGUACUUGGAUCUAAAAUGAAGAUUUAGUUAUCCAGGUUAAGUCGCUCCAGGUUCUUGUUGCAGUCUCAUCAACUCUCAGCAUCAGUAUCCAGGACAGUAUCAUCGCAAAUUCACAGUAGUCCGAUAAGAGAUUUUAUUAUAAGCUUGAUUUUCCUUGUCGUUGACUUAUCACUGUUAAACAGAGACAUCUGAGCUGAUACUCUGCAUGUAUGCACACAAACAAUAGUCCUAUAAGACAGCUCAUCAACUCUGAUCUAGAAGUUUUAAGUUUCUGAAAAAAUACAACCGUUUAAUUAUGUGAGUGAAUAGAAGAAUGGGGGACUGGAUCAUUUGCCUGUUUAUUUGCCCCUCUUUACAUCUGAUUAGAUGAUUUGCCCUGCUUUUCUUUUUUCCUUUUGGUAUAUGCCCUUUCUAAUUACUGUACUCAUUUUUUAUCCCUAUUUUUGCCAUGCGAAAAGACUGUAUUGCUCAUGUGGCAAAUUUUCCAUUCUUUACGGACCAUUCUGUGUUUGACCGUUGGUCUUGGUUGGAUCGACCGGUUCAUCACCUUUCUCCCGUUCCUCUCUUAUUAUACUCGUAUUGAAGUCACAAACCUACUAGAGGAGGUCAAUGAGGGCACCCUUGGCCCCAUCUUUGCGGCUGCUUCUGCUGCUGCCGGAGGCGCGGCAGCUUCUGCUGCAGCUCGGCGAUGCCACGGAGGAGGCUGACAAGAGACGGCUCAGCGGCACACUGGCUGUUGCUGCAGCUCAAACUGCAGAGGAGGCAGAUGGCGCUCCUCGUCAUUUCCCGCCAGGGAGGCCGUUGAUGGUGUCUGCUGCAACAGCAGCGCCAACGAGCUAGAGCUGGAGGGUACUGGUGCUAGCCUCGAGCUGGAGCUAGAGUGUACAGGCGCAUCAACAGUAACUUCGAGCUGGAAAAGGGGCACAAUGGUGCUGGCUUCGAGCGGCGAUUCCGGUGACUACGACGACUACAACAACUCCGGUGAGCAUGGGCGCGACAACUCGAGCAACAUGGUGACUCAUUUCUCUGUUUAUCUUUUGAUUUCCCUCUCAAGGUCUGAAGGUGUGUCCUGUUCUUGCUAGUAUGCAGCCUGUAAAAUGUGAAGUUCUGAAUUUUAAACAUAGCAUAUAACAACUUAA